CUCUGUUAGCGCUCACUGACUGUCCCCCGCGUCCGGCUCCUUAGGUCGUGCUAGCAUUGCUGCCAGCGAGGCAAAGUGUUGAGAGGUCUUGGAGAUGUGAUGCUCCGCAAACCAAGAAAAUCGCCUGCUAGUGCCAACACUCCAGUCGAUCAAUUGCCCCCUCGGCCUCUCGGUAAUCCCUCCGGCACCCAGAGCCAAUUAGCAAGGACUACGGUAUCCCAGACCUUGAGCGUCGCUCUGACGAAACUACCGAGCGGGAGAAGUUCAGCGGACACGACAGCUGCUAUACCCUGGAGCUCCGCAGCUGUUCAACCCCGGUCAACGGCAGAGCAAUAUUGGGCAGCGCGCGCGCUCACCGCAGAGACACUGCUCACCGCGCAGGCCGCUCAUCAGCGGGAUAUGAAGGCUAUGACAUGGUCUGAAGAUAUGAAACGGACGCGGGACAUCGCCGCUCUUCAUGCACGGAACGACGCACGGCAGCAGAAGUUGGAACGCGUGGUGGUGGCACUCGUUAUUACUGUUCUUUCCAUGGCAUGCGCUAUUGUCUACCUCCUGACAUACCGGCAACCUGCAGCGCAACCUAAAGCGCGAUUCACCUUCCACUUCCCCUCGCAUUUCAGCAUCCCUGUUUUGUCGCCUUUCACAAGCGUGGUCGAGAACGAGACUUCAGCGAUAGGCAGUAAACUCCUCAUUGCUGGUUUUGCUCUUUUAUGUUUGCUUGCAUACGCGAUGUUCACGCAAUGGAUCUCACGGCGGGUGAAUAGAUGAUGAGUAUCCGC